UGGAAGAGUGGGCUGAAAGAUGGCAGAUGGAGUUUAAUGUUGAUUAGUGUGAGGUGCUACAUCUUGGCAGGACAAAUCAAAAUAGGGCGUACAUGGUAAAUGGUAACGAAUUGAGGAAUGCAGUUCAACAGAGGGAUCUAGGAAUAACUGUGCAUAGUUUCCUGAAGGUGGAUUCUCAUGUAGAUAGGGUUGUAAAGAUAGCUUUUGGUGUGCUAGCCUUUAUAAAUCAGAGCAUUGAGUAUAGAAGUUGGGAUGUAAUGUUAAAAUUGUACAAGGCAUUGGUGAGACUAAUUCUGGAGUAUGGUGUACAAUUUUGGUCGCCCAAUUAUAGGAAGGAUGUCAACAAAAUAGAGAGAGUACAGAGGAGAUUUACUAGAAUGUUGCCUGGGUUUCAGCAACCAAGUUACAGAGAAAGGUUGAAUAAGAGGUAUUUAUACUUUGGAGUGCAGAAGGUUAAGGGGGGGCUUGAUAGAGGUCUUUAAAAUGAUGAGAGGGAUAGACAGAGUUGACGUGGAUAAGCUUUUCUCAUUGAGAGUAGGGAAGAUUCAAACAAGAGGACAUGACUUCAGAAUUAAGGGACCGAAGUUUAGGGGUAACAUGAGGGGGAACUUCUUUACACAGAGAGUGGUAGCUGUGUGGAAUGAGCUUCCAGUGGAAGUGGUGGAGGCAGGUUCGAUUUUAUUAUUUAAAAAUAAAUUGGAUAGGUAUAUGGAUGGGAAAGGAAUGGAGGGUUAUGGUCUGAGUGCAGGUAGAUGGGACUAGGGGAAAAUAAGUGUUCAGCAAGGACUUGUAGGGCCGAGAUGGCCUGUUUCCGUGCUAUAAUUGUCAUAUGGUUAUAUGAUAUGGGGAGAACGCAGGCACAGGUUAUUGAUUGGGGACGAUCAGCCAUGAUCACAAUGAGUGGCGGUGCUGGCUCAAAGGGCCGAAUGGCCUCCUCCUGCACCUACAUUCUAUGUUUUCUAAACCUUUCACCUCUCACUUUCCCCCUCCCCUCUGGUUCCUGAUUUAUCCUACUCUGGGUAAAAGACUGUGCAUUUAUCGUAUCUGUGCAUUUAUCCUAUCCUAUGGUGGACGGUUAGAAAAAGGGGAGAUGCAACGAGACCUGGGUGUCAUGGUACACCAGUCAUUGAAAGUAGGAAUGCAGGUGCAGCAGGCAGUGAAGAAAGCAAAUUGUAUGUUAGUAUUCAUAGCAAAAGGAUUUGAGUAUAAGAGCAGGGAGGUUCUACUGCAGUUGUACAUGAUCUUGGUGAGACCACACCUGGAGUAUUGCGUACAGUUUUGGUCUCCUAAUCUGAGGAAAGAUAUUCUUGCCAUAGAGGGAGUACAGAGAAGGUUCACCAGACUGAUUCCUGGGAUGGCAGGACUUUCAUAUGAAGAAAGACUGGAUAGACUCGGCUUGUACUCGCUAGAAUUUAGAAGAUUGAUGGGGGGAUCUUAUAGAGACUUACAAAAUUCUUAAGGGGUUGGACAGGCUAGAUGCAGGAAGAUUGUUCCCGAUGUGGCCCUUGUGGCUAAAUUGAUCAGGGGGUAUGGAGAGAAGGCAGGGAUGGGAUACUGAGUUGGAUGAUCAGCCAUGAUCAUAUUGAAUGGCGGUGCAGGCUCGAAGGGCCGAAUGGCCUACUCCUGCAUCUAUUUUCUAUGUUUCUAUUCCUCUCAUGGACUUACGCGCCUUUAUAAGAUCACCCCUCAUGCUGCUGUGCUCCAAGGAAUAAAGUCCUCGCCUGCCCAUCCUCUCACCACAGCUCAAGCCCUCCAGUCCUGGCCACCGCCUCGUAAAUCUUCUCUGCACUCUUGUGCAUCUGCAUCUUAAUGACUGAUUUCUGUUCAUUUCUGCAACAUCAUUAACUUAACAUGAUAAUUUGGGUUAAGUUGACCCCUGGUACAAAGCCUGGUGGAUUCCAAUGGAGAUGAAGCAACAGGUAAGUCGUUGCCAUUGCACCUGCACCGACCGGAAAUCCCGCCUCAUGUCUAUAGCAACCCGGGCGCUUCCGGUACCAAGGUUGUUGAUGGAAGUGGAGGAGAGGGAGAAGUGAGAUCGCAGAAUUGUUGCUUCAGGUGGCCUGGUCCGGCUCGGGUGUUCGUUGGGAAGGCGGCGAAUUUACUACUUGAAAGUGGUAUGCUUCAAAGAUGUUGAAACGGAAGCAGAGUUCGAGAGUGGAAGUGCAGCCCGUUGCCGACUUUGGUCCGGAUGAGAUGCUGACAGAUAAUGCGGACAUUCUAUGGAUUAACAAACCGUGGGUCCACUCUCUGCUGCGAGUCUGUGCCAUCAUCAGCGUGAUUUCCGUCUGUAUGAAUACACCCAAGACCUUUGAGCACUACCCACCGCUUCAGUAUGUAACGUUCGCCCUCGACACUCUUCUCAUGUUCUUGUAUUCUUCGGAGAUGAUUGCAAAGAUGCACAUUCGGGGCAUUGUUAAGGGUGAUAACUCGUACGUGAAGGAUCGCUGGUGUGUGUUUGAUGGCGUCAUGGUCUUCUGCUUCUGGGUUUCUCUGGUUUUACAGGUCUUCGAGAUAGCUGAGAUAGUCGAUCAGAUGUCCCCGCUCGGCAUGCUCCGAAUCCCACGACCACUCAUCAUGAUACGAGCAUUUCGAAUCUACUUUCAAUUUGAUCUUCCCCGCACAAGAAUUACCAAUAUUUUGAAGCGAUCAGGAGAACAAAUCUGGAGUGUCUCAAUCUUCCUUCUCUUUUUUCUACUGUUGUAUGGAAUUCUGGGGGUACAGAUGUUUGGCACCUUCACCUAUCACUGUGUAACUAAUGACACUCAGCCCGGGAAUGUUACAUGGAAUAACUUGGCUAUCCCAGACACUCACUGCUCACCAGACGGAGAGGGAUACCAGUGUCCACUGGGCUUUAAGUGUAUGGACCUGGAAGAACUUGGGCUAACCAGACAAGAACUGGGCUACAGUGGAUUCAACGAACUCGGCACCAGUAUCUUCACGGUUUACGAGGCUGCCUCACAGGAAGGCUGGGUUUUCUUCAUGUACCGGGCCAUUGACAGCUUUCCUCGCUGGCGAUCCUACUUCUAUUUCAUCACCUUGAUCUUCUUUCUUGCCUGGCUGGUUAAGAAUGUGUUCAUUGCUGUAAUCAUUGAGACAUUUGCAGAAAUAAGAGUCCAGUUUCAGCAGAUGUGGGGUCCACGGAGCAGUACCACAUCUACCACCACAACGCAGAUGUUCCAUGAAGACGCCGCUGGUGGCUGGCAGCUCGUGGCUGUGGAUGUAAACAAGCCGCAGGGCAGGGCUCCUGCCUACCUACAGAGAAUGAUGCAGUCGUCUGUUUUCCACAUGUUUGUCCUGUGUAUGGUUGCCGUUGAUGUCACUGUGGCCGCCAGCAAUUACUACAAGGAGGAGAAUUUCCGGAGCCAGUACGACAUGUUUUACCUGGCAGAGGUGGCCUUCACCAUUCUGUUCGACCUGGAGGCACUGGUGAAGAUUUGGUGUUUGGGAUACACGGGAUACAUCAGCUCGUCCCUGCACAAGUUUGAACUGCUCCUGGUCCUGGGCACCACGUUGCACAUCUACCCUGAUCUCUACCAUUCUCAGUUCACUUAUUUUCAGGUCCUGAGGGUGGUCCGCCUGAUUAAGAUUUCCCCGGCGCUGGAGGACUUUGUCUACAAGAUAUUUGGUCCUGGGAAGAAGCUGGGCAGCCUGGUGGUCUUCACAGCCAGCCUGCUCAUCGUCAUGUCAUCCAUCAGCCUCCAGAUGUUCUGCUUUGUGGAGGAGCUUGACCGCUUCACCACUUUCCCCAGGGCCUUCAUGUCCAUGUUCCAGAUAAUCACGCAGGAAGGAUGGGUUGACGUGAUGGACCAGACUCUGAUUGCAGUUGGCCAAGUCUGGGCCCCCGUUGUUGCCAUUUACUUCAUCCUCUAUCAUCUUUUCGCUACUCUGAUUCUCCUGAGCCUGUUCGUUGCCGUCAUUCUGGACAAUCUCGAGCUGGAUGAGGAUCUGAAGAAACUGAAGCAGAUUAAACAGAGUGAAGCCAACGCUGAUACCAAAGAGAAGCUCCCUCUUCGACUCCGAAUCUUUGAAAAGUUUCCAAACAGGCCACAGAUGGUGAAAAUAUCCAAACUGCCCUCAGACUUCUCAGUUCCCAGAAUCAGGGAAAGCUUUAUGAAGCAGUUUAUUGAUCGUCAACAACAGGACACAAGCUGUCUGCUCCGCCGACUACCAUCAGGGUCAUCGUCAUGUGACCAUUCCAAGAGGUCCUAUAUUGAGGAUAACAAAUAUAUUGAUCAAAAGUUGCGCAGAUCAGUUUCCAGCAUCCAAGCGCGAAACCUUCUUGAAAAGGAAAAUGCGGUAAAUAAAAUCUUCCGCAUCUGCACUCGCCAGCGUCUGUUAGGAGGAUCCUUCGAGGGACAACCUGCAAAGGAGCGAUCUAUUUUAAGUGUACAGCACCACAUCCGUCAGGAACGCAGGUCCCUCCGUCACGGGUCGAGUUCUCAAAGAAUCAGCAGAGGCAAAUCACUGGAAACGCUGUCACAAGAUCAUUCCAGCACAGUUCGGUACCGGAAUGCUCAACGAGAAGACAGUGAAAUAAAGAUGAUACAAGAGAAAAAACAACAAGCUGAAAUGAAACGCAAGGUCCAAGAGGAAGAAUUACGUGAAAAUCAUCCUUAUUUUGACAAACCUCUCUUUAUAGUUGGGCGAGAGCACCGGUUUAGAACAUUCUGCCGUGUGGUGGUGAGGGCACGAUUCAAUGCAUCAAAAAUCGAUCCAAUCACAGGAGCAGUUAAGAACACCAAAUACCAUCAGCUGUAUGAUCUUCUUGGACUGGUCACCUACCUGGACUGGGUAAUGAUCGGUACCAUCUGCUCCUGCAUCAUGAUGUUUGAAACGCCUGCUCACACCUGCAGGUAAACACCGUCAUUCAAUAUUGCAGAGUACGUGUUCGUGAUAUUCAUGAGCAUCGAGCUGAAUCUAAAAAUCCUGGCGGACGGGUUAUUCUUCACUCCCACAGCUGUCAUCAAGGAUUUUGGAGGAGUGAUGGACAUCUUUAUUUACCUUCAAAGCCUGAUCUUCCUGUGCUGGAUGCCACUCACGGUCCCUGCUCAGUCAGGAGCACAGCUGCUGAUGAUGCUGAGGUGCCUGCGACCACUCCGAAUAUUCAAGCUGGUUCCUCAAAUGAGAAAGGUUUUACGGGAACUCUUUAGCGGUUUCAAGGAAAUAUUUCUGGUUUCCAUCCUGCUGCUGACACUCAUGCUUGUGUUUGCAAGUUUCGGAGUUCAGCUUUUUGCCGGGAAACUGGCCAAGUGCAAUGAUCCUCGCGUCAAUAGGCGGGAGCUGUGUCACGGAAUGUUCCGCAUCAAUGUGAGUGUGUCGAAGAAUCUCAACCUGAAGCUAAAGGAUUGGGAGAAGAAGCCAGGGUUCUGGGUACCACGAGUUUGGGCCAACCCUCGAAACUUCAACUUUGACAAUGUGGGAAGUGCGUUGCUGGCCUUGUUUGAAGUGCUCUCGUUGAAAGGUUGGGUAGAAGUCCGAGAUGUCAUCAUUCAUCGAGUGGGCCCAAUCCAUGGCAUCUACAUCCACGUCUUUGUUUUUCUUGGCUGCAUGAUUGGACUGACUCUCUUUGUUGGUGUUGUCAUCGCUAAUUUCAAUGAGAAUAAGGGCACUGCUUUACUGACUGUCGACCAGAGGCGAUGGGAGGACCUGAAAAGCCGACUGAAGAUCGCUCAGCCUCUUCACCUGGCGGCUAGACCUGACAAUGGCGGCCUCCGAGCUAAAAUGUACGAUAUAACCCAACACCCAUUCUUCAAGAGGAGCAUUGCCGUGCUGGUCCUUGCACAGUCCGUGCUCCUGUCAGUCAAGUGGGAUGUUGAUGACCCGGUCACCGUUCCUCUCGCAACAAUGUCCGUCAUCUUCAUCUUUAUCUUUGUCCUUGAGGUGACUAUGAAGAUCACUGCCAUGUCCCCAUCUGGAUACUGGCAAAGCCGACGCAACCGUUACGACCUGCUGGUGACGUCGCUGGGUGUAAUCUGGGUGGUGUUGCACUUCGCUUUACUUAACGAGUACACUUACAUGAUGGGCGCCUGUGUCAUCGUGUUCCGGUUCUUCUCCAUUUGUGGGAAACACGUGACGCUGAAGAUGUUGUUACUGACUGUAGUUGUCAGUAUGUACAAGAGCUUUUUUAUUAUAGUGGGGAUGUUCUUACUACUGAUCUGCUACGCCUUUGCUGGAGUGGUUCUGUUUGGGACUGUCAAGUAUGGAGAGAACAUCAACAGACAUGCAAACUUCUCCUCUGCCGGUAAAGCCAUCACUGUCCUGUUCCGCAUCGUCACAGGGGAAGACUGGAAUAAGAUCAUGCAUGACUGCAUGGUCCAGCCACCUUUCUGCACUCCCAACGAUGAGAAUUACUGGGAGACGGACUGUGGAAACUAUGCUGGAGCCCUGAUGUAUUUCUGUUCUUUUUAUGUCAUCAUUGCAUAUAUAAUGCUCAACCUUCUUGUUGCAAUCAUUGUGGAAAACUUCUCGCUGUUUUAUUCCACUGAGGAGGAUCAGCUCCUGAGUUACAAUGAUCUUCGCCACUUCCAAAUCAUUUGGAACAUGGUUGAUGACAAGAGAGAGGGAGCUAUCCCAACCUCCCGCAUCAAGUUCCUGCUCCGACUGUUGCGCGGGCGGCUGGAAGUGGACCUGGAGAAGGACAAGCUGUUGUUCAAGCACAUGUGCUACGAGAUGGAGAGGCUGCACAACGGCGGAGAUGUCACAUUUCAUGAUGUCCUCAGCAUGCUUUCAUACAGAUCAGUGGAUAUCAGAAAAAGCCUGCAGCUGGAGGAACUACUGGCCAGGGAACAGCUGGAAUACACCAUCGAGGAAGAGGUGGCCAAACAAACAAUUCGAAUGUGGCUGAAGAAAUGUUUGAAGCGCAUCAGAGCAAAGCAGCAACAGUCGUGCAGCAUCAUCCACAGUUUGCGGGAGAGUCAGCAGCAGGAGCUCAGCAGGUUCCUCAUCCCUCCCAGCAUCGAAACAACGCAAGCCAGCGAAGAGAUGCUUGCCAGCAACCAGGACACUCAGCCUGAGACCAGUAGCCAACAGCAGUUGCUCAGCCCUACACACUCGGACCGAGGCGGCUAUCGGGCAGACUCCGGGGAUAUCGGGAAACCUCAGAGGAAGUUUGGUCAGUGGCGUCUCCCAUCAGCUCCGAAACCCAUCACCCACUCCGUGUCCACCGUCAACCUGCGGUUCGGGGGUCGGACGGCCAUCAGGUCGGUCAUGUGCAAAAUCAAUCCAAUGUCGGACGCGGCCUUCUCGGGGUCGGACGUGAAGAAGUGGUGGACCCGCCAACUGACCGUGGAGAGCGACGAGAGUGCAGACGAUCUCUUGGAAAUUUAGCAGAGGUGGAGGGUGAAGCUCGCACCUGUCAAUGUCCCGUCGUAUUUCCAUCAUAGAAUGCCCAACAUACUUUGGGUCAUUGGAGCCAAGUGAUGCAAGAGAGGUCACCCAGCCCACUCCACGGGAGGCCAGAGUUGAAUAAUUCCAGUGAACCAAAAUCUCUUGGCCUUAGAUUUGCAAUAACAGGCUUAGUAUUCAUGUAGGUGGGUGUGUGGGGUAUGUUUGACUUCACACAGGGGAGUUGAGGAAAGAGGUGGAGAAGGGGACAAGUGGGUUUGUUCACAUCGAUGGGAAGAACCAAGUCGUCCCCCUCUUUCACUGUGUAACCAAAAUAGUGGCCAAACCAGAGAUGCUCAGUGUCUCUACACAUCCAAAGACUUGCAGCCUUGAGGCUUAUGGAACUCUACAGCCUAGAAACAGGCCCUUCAGCCCAACAAGUCCAUGCUGACCCUCAAACCACUGGUGUUGCUCACACUGAUCCUGCACUAAUCCCAUUUUAUUCCCCGGAUUGUACCUGCUCACUUUCACACUAAGAGCAAGCUACAGCGGCCAUUUGACCCCCAUGCCCAUGUCAAUGGGAUGUGGGAGGAAACUGGUGCACCGGGGGAAACCCCACACAGUCACAGGGAGAGCAUGCAAACUCCACACAGACAGCACUGAAGUUCAUGUUUGAACUCAGUUCGCUGGUGCUGUGGGGCAGCGACUCUACCAGCUGCGCCACUGCGCCACCGUACUGCCCCUAUGUUAUCCAAAUACUGGCCUUUCUCGAACCUUGGAGGAAGCUGACUAUAGGGUGAAGCCCACAUUAUCCUUUCGGUCUCACUGGGCCAGACCUUGGCAAACGGUUUGGGAAUUGCUGGUCGCACUGCACGGGGGCUGAGGUUGGAAGGCGCAACAAUCGGGGGAGUGGGACUGAAUAGAGUCACAGAGUCAUAGAACACAAAAUCAGGCCCUUUGGCCCAACUUAUCCAUGUCAUGCCAGAAAUCUUGCACAGUCACAAUGGACAGAGCGCAGCCUCCUUUGCUGAGAUUAUGCUUUCCCAUUGAUCCAAAUGAGGGCUCAUCUCUGCACAAUGUGCAAGAAUAGAGGCAAACAAUAGCAGGGAUAGGCCACUCUGACCCUCAAGCCAUCAGUGUGAUCAUUGCUGAUUUAAGUUGGCCUCAACUCCUCUUCCCUCAGCCCUUUCAAAAUGUAUCUACCGCCUCAAAUGCUUCUAGUGAUCAAGAUUCCACCAUCCUCUGGCACAGAGAAUUCCAGAGAAAUGCUGGAAUCUAUAAGAAGAAUUUUAAAUGACUGACCCCUGUAUUUAUAAUGAUGUUCCAUGUUUGAGACUCUCCCACCGGUAGAGACCUGUCAAGCCCUUUUUGGGGAUCUUAGACCAAAAGACAUAGGACAUAGGAGCAGCAUUAGGCCCAUUGAGACUGCUCUGCCAUUUGAUUCUGGCUGAACUAUUUUUCCCUGUCAAACCCACUUUUCCUCAUUCUCCUACCUUCCCCCAAUAAACGUUGACACCUUUACUCAUCAAGAACCUAGCAAUCUCCGCUUCUAAAAUACCCAAUGGCCUCCAUCAUCUUCUAUGUCUUCUACCAGCUAAAGAAAUUGCUCAUCAUCCCCAAUCUAAAGGAACAUCCUUUCAUUCUGAGGCAGUGGUCUUUGGUCAUAGACUCUUCCAUUACUGGAAACAUCCUCUCUACAUCCACUCUAUCUAGGCCAUCUAUCCAUAGGCCAUCCAGACUAUCUUCUUUUAAACUGCAAGGAAUACAGAACCUCACCUGCUUGGCUGCUCUUAAUAGGAUUAACCUCCCAAUCCAGGAGGUUUCAGAGGUUACAGUUUCAGAGACACUCGAUCGAUCCUGACCACGGAUGCUGUCUGUGCGGAGUUUGUACGUCCUCCCUAUGACGCCGUAGGUUUUCUCAGGAUGCACCAGUUUUCUCCCACAUUCCAAAGACUUGUAGGUUUGUAGAUUAAUUGGCUUCUGUAAAUUGUCCCUAGUGUGCAGGAUAGAACUGAUUGCUGGUCGGUGAGGACUUGAUGGACCGAAGGGACAGUUUCCACACUGUAUCUCUAAACUAAACUAAACUUAAAGGAAUUAGCCCGGUGAGUUUCAUGGAUCAAGCGUUGCCGCCUCUGAUUGGACAGAUUCCUGGCGGCUUCGGAACACAGCUGCUGGCCUUCGAUUGGCCGGCUCCCACCCUCGCCAUUGGCCAAGCCGCCCGCCUAUCCACAGCCAAUCAGAAAGCAGCAAAACUCUGCAUCCUGUGGCUGGGGUUUAGCCUGUCAACUAAAUAAUCCUUUACCUUCCAGCACGAUUAAAAUGUGCAACAUAGAAACAUAGAAAAUAGGUGCAGGAGUAGGCUAUUUGGCCCUUCGAGCCUGCACCGCUAUUCAAUAUGAUCAUGGCUGAUCAUCCAACUUAGUAUCCUGUACCUGCCUUCUCUCCAUACCCUCUGAUCCUUUUAGCCACAAGGGCCACAUCUAACUCUUAAAUAUAGCCAAUGAACUGGCCUCAACUACCUUCUGUGGCAGAGAAUUCCACAGAUUCACCACUCUCUGUGUGAAAAAUGUUUUCCUCGUCUCGGUCCUAAAAUAUUUCCCCCUUAUCCUUAAACUGUGACCCCUUGUUCUGGACUUCCCCAACAUCGGGAACAAUCUUCCUGCAUCUAGCCUGUCCAACCACUUAAGAAUUUUGUAAGUUUCUGUAAGAUCCGUCCUCAAUCUUCUAAAUUCUAGCGAGUACAAACCGAGUCUAUCCAGUCUUUCUUCAUAUGAAAGUCCUGACAUCCCAGGACAUCCAGCAACAAAUGAAUACAGACUAUUUUUAUUGCCUAUAUGAUUCCCUGCCAGGAUUUCAUUGGUAAAUGCGUCUAGAGAAGUUGAGCUCCAGCUCCUGGAGACUUCCUGCAAGAUGUGAAGGAACAAGACAAAGGAUUGGGGCACAACGCUGGACAGUGUGAUUUGCUGCCCUCUGCUGUGCAAUCCUUUGAUGUGCAAUGUCAAGGACAUACAGGCAACAGAGAUCAGUCAGUCUCUCCCAGAACCCCGUGGAGUUUGUGCUUCACUAUCAAAGCCAUGAAGGAUGUAAAAUCAGCUUUGCAGCAAUGUCAGUGAUUAAUAUAACGGUGUGUGUGUGUGCCAAAAUGUGUACAAUCAUAUCACUGCACAUGGUCUCUGUGUGCUUGUGUUUGUCUCUAGGCAAGUCUCCACUUGUGUACAUGUGUGUGUACAUUUGUAUACAUGCAUAUGUCUGAUUGCACAUUUGUGUGUGUAUGUAUGUUAUGUCAUAGAGUGAUACAGCAUGGAGCAAUGAAGUCUGUGCUAGCCAUCAAAUACCUAAACAUACAAAUCUCAUUUUCC